AUGCCUUCACGCGUUGUCCAGCACCACACGCGUGAAAAAUCCCCGCCAUCUGAUAGUGAGAGGUCGUUCGUAUCAGCAGCAUCAGAAAACACGUCGAGUUGCUCUAACAAAGACUCUCCCAUUGGCCAAUCGGCCGCAGUAGCGCUACCUUCACCACCACGUCACUCAGCAAUCGCGCCCGCCAACUUCACAUCACUUACUUCGCCUGAGGCUACAACCAACAUCUCCGACUCUUUAGCUGGGUUACAAGCACAUUCGCCAUCCUCCUCGACAGCGCCUCCCCCAUUUGCCCCACCGCUUGGAUCUUACUUCGCCCAGCAGCCUGGUGCUUCGGGCACCGAAGCUCGAUCCCCACAAAAUAGAAGGCCACCUGCUUCACGAUCUAGCCAUGGCAUAGAGACGUCCUCAGGUCCUCCGCCAGCUUUGAUCACUCGGCGAUCCUACAACGCCGAAUUUCCGUGGCGGAGUCCUCCAAGCGACUCACGAGCCAUACACCCACCUAUGGUACACAGCGCGAGCAUUGAUUCGAUUGUCAGACAAACACACCAUACUGCAAAUGAACGUAUCGAACCUAAUACCUUGGAGAAUGCGCGCUCAGCACGACCAGGGAAGUCCUCGAUAGUGGAGGGUGGAACAAUAGCAAUGGACGGACGCUAUGAAGUCCAGUCCGGAAGUGAAGAAGAUCGAGAUUCAACACUGCGUAUCAAUGGUCAUGAGGCAAAAAGCGGAAGGCAUACUAGGAAGGAAAGCGGUCAACAGCAAUAUCAAUCUUCACAAGAAGACCUCUUUUUGAACCUGGCACGAGCAGACUCGGUAGUUGACGAUGGGCCAGAGCCGUCCAACAGGAGCGAAAGAAGACGUUCUCGAAUUCGAGUUUCAAGUUUGCAACAGCCGCGCGAAUCUCGACCAUCAUCUUCACACAGGCCGAGUACCAGCGUUGGGGGCCUUGGCCAACAGGUCUCACGGAUGCAACAUGACCACUACGAGUCCUCCUUCAACUCCUCAUUCCACCGUUCACCCCAGAAGGACUCGCCCUCCUCUUUCAGAGAUUCCUCAGCCAAAAGCCGAUCUUAUGCGGUAUCUGCACACCCCCUCGACCAACCGCACCGCACCAGUAAUACCAGGACAUCAUUCGGAGGUUUAACACGAGACGGCCUGGCGCAAGACCGAUCGCCGGAGCUGCCACUAGGAUAUGGAAGACGACAAUCUAUACGUGAACCAUCCUCUGGACUGGUGGGCCAGGACUACAAAAAAUCUAAUUUGUCCUAUACACCCAAUGACGAUGGCGAUUACGAGUCUUCAUACUUUUCAAGGCUUCAAGACCUGAGCGGAGAAGCAGAUGAAGACCCUCAAACGCCCCAUGCAGAAGGCACCGAGUCUACAGUGUCCACAACAGCACCCUCAACUGUCUGGGAUGAGCUGGAAGACAUGAAGUCCAGAAUACGCAAGCUUGAGAUCACUGGGAAAUUACCUGCCUCAUCAAAUGCAGCGAUAUCCAACGCUUUUCGCGAACGUCCGCCGACUGCAACAACAACCAUGACUACCAAUUCCUUGUCACCAAAACGUCGCCACGGGAAAAAUGUCUCCCCAGAAGCCUCUACGGUCAAAGUACCCGAAGUUGCGAACGUACAUCCACUCCUGCAUGCCGCUUUGGCAAAGACUGAACACGCAAUCAAUGCGAACCUCUACCAAGCUCUGGAGGCUACAGCAUCAGACGCGCUAGCAUUGGCGGCCAUGGCAGGAAGUGCAAGCACACAAGGUGUCUCUCCUAGCGGAGCAUCGAUUGCUGGCAUCUCCAGUGGAAUCGACCGGCAAUUGCGCAGAAAGGCAGACAACAUGUGUCGAAGUCUUACCGAACUAUGCAUUGCAUUGGCAGAAGAGACCCCAGAGGCUGAAAUUGCCGUCAGCAAAAUUCGAUCGGGAAGUAAGGACGCCAACACGGCAGCACAACGUAAUGAACCCGCUGUGCAGGACCUGAGGUCUUUUCGUGCCACCAGCGAUGAACCAGAAUUCAGAUCAAGCUCCAGGGUCAUGAGCCGACUGGAAGCUCGACGUACGAGCCUUGCGCUUGGCUCCAGUCCCCUUGGUCGCAUGGAGUCUCCACAGGAAGCUCCUACGCCCACUCAAGCAGUGCCGCCUGCAUCAACCAGAUUGGAUAGGAUGUCUUCGGUGAUCCACAGCGGUCUCGCUACUGAUGAUCAAGGGGAUACUCUAAGCAGCAGGAGGCCGCUGUCUCGAGCCACGACGGAAAUCAGGCAGAUAAGACAUUCGCCGCAGACAAGAACAUCUCGGGAAUACACAUCCCAGCAUCCAAUGCCCAGCCACGCGCAACGAUCUCCUUCCGUCCAAUCAUCUCUACCUACACGGAAAAGCUACUUUCCUCCGAGCUCACAGUCUCCACUCACGCCUCACGUGCAGCCGGGAAACAGAACAUACCUUGAUCGUUCAACACCGCCGUCCUCGGCAGAUAGCAGCCGUUUGGCAGAAGCGAGGCAACGGAGGAUCGCCUCGCUUGGCCAGCAUACGUCUGCAAGUCAAUCGAGGAUAGGCAUUGCCUCCGGAAGGUUGCGGCAGCCGAAGCUCCUCUGGCGCCGCAUUGCCUCCUUAAAAGUCGACCUCGCCGAACUGCAAUCCGUCGUCGCCACCAAUGACAAAAAGCGCUACCAAAUCGAACCCGACCCCGCCGGUCCCCUCCGCGCACCCUCCGCCACAACCAGCACCACUUCCAUCUCCGACUUGUCAAACUGGCGGAUCCGCGCCACCCAAGGUCAUUCCAUAGCGACCGUCUCCAGUGAGCAUAUUUUCAAGCCCAUCCUGCUGACCGAUCCGGACUGUCCGGAAUUCGUCGUGCACGGAACGGAUAAUCGGCCCUGGAAGGAUAUUGAACGCAGCGGCGGGUUAAAGCCGAUGGGAAGGAAGCAUAUCCACUUCGCAACCAAGUUGCCCGAUAAGAUGCCGCCGCUCAAUCGGGAUUUUCAGUCCCGGAGUAAACCGAAUAAGGAGCCGGUGGAUAGGGUUGUUUCUGGUAUUAGGAAUACGAGUACGAUUGUGAUUUGGGCCGAUGUGAAGAAGUCUUUGGAGGGCGGGGUGAAGUGGUGGAGAAGUGAGAAUGGCGUUGUAUUGACUGAAGGUGUGGGGGAGCCGAAGAUGUUGGGGUUUGAAUGGGUCAAGUGGGUGGAGGUGAGAGGGGAGGGGAAGAUUUUGUACGGGGAAAAGGUGGAGAGUGAGGAGGUGGGGGAGGUGGAGGAGAGAAUGGAUAGGUUGGGUGUUGGGUUGGGGGAUGGGGGAGAGGCGUCUCGAGACAAGGUGGAUGGGGCGAAGGCGCCUCAAGGAGAAUUGAAUGGGGAGGUGCUCCGAGAAAAGGAAGCCAAUGGGAAUGAGAAGCUUGAGCCGGCUGCCCCGUUGAAGGAUAAAUGGGAUGAUUGA